UGUGUGUAUGUGUGUAACUGUAGGGCAGCAGCAGCGCUGACUAAUGGCUGAAGAGUGUACAGGGCUGUUAUGAGCCUUGGAGCCGGUCACUCUCUCUCACACACGCUUCCUUCUGCUGCCCGGGGGACGGUCUGCUGCUGCUGAGAGGCUCCUGUCGCACACUGUGAAGCCUCGGGCGGUCGUGAUGUCGGAGCCCAAGGCGCCCACUCCGACACCGGGGGACACCUACAAAGGCUGGCUGUUCAAAUGGACCAACUACAUCAAAGGAUACCAAAGAAGAUGGUUCGUCCUGAGCAACGGUUUACUGUCGUACUACAGGACCCAGGCGGAGAUGGGUCACACGUGUCGGGGCACUAUAAACCUGGCCACAGCGAACAUCGCUGUAGAGGACUCCUGCAACUUCGUCAUCUCCAACGGCGGUGCCCAGACGUACCACCUGAAGGCCAGCUCUGAGGUGGAGCGGCAGCGCUGGAUCACGGCUCUGGAGCUGGCCAAGGCCAAGGCCGUGAGGAUGCAGGCUGAGUCAGAUGAUUCCGGGGACGAGUGCUCCACCUCCCCGCCCUCGGCAGGCCAGGGCUUGGGGGCGAGGAACUCGGAGGUGCAGUCCACGCUCCGGACGCUGGGCAGCAAGGUGGAGGAUCUCAGCACCUGCAACGACCUGAUCGCUAAACACGGCUCUGCGCUCCAGAGGUCCUUGUCCGAGCUGGAGGGUGUGAAGCUGGGUGGAGACACGAGCGAUAAGAUUCGACAGGUCACAGAAAGAGCCACGCUGUUCCGAAUCACUUCCAAUGCCAUGAUCAACGCGUGCCGGGAUUUCCUGGCCUUGGCUCAGGCUCACAGUAAGCGCUGGCAGAAAGCUCUACAGGCCGAGCGCGAUCAGAGGGUUCGGCUGGAGGAGACGCUGGAGCAGCUCGCCAAGCAGCACAACCACCUGGAGAGAGCCUUCAGAGGAGCCACCGUACUGCCCGCCUCACCCAGCAACCCCACUGCAGACAGCAAAGGUUCAGGUCCUGGAAAGGGCGACGCCAGCGAUGACGAUGAUAAUGAGUUUUUCGAUGCUUGUGAGGACGUGCAGGAGUUUAUCACUAUUCCUGCCGACCCCAAAUACCACAGGAGGUCCGGCAGCAACAUCAGUGGAAUCAGCAGUGAGAUAGGAAUGGACGAUGGGACGACAUCGCUGGACGAGCAGUCUUUGGCAUCCAAUCCGGAGUCUCCUCAGUCUCAGGAGGUGGUGCCUGUGAGGAAGAGGCGGACUCGCAUCCCAGACAAACCCAACUACUCGCUCAAUCUGUGGAGCAUCAUGAAGAACUGCAUCGGGAAGGAGCUCUCCAAAAUCCCCAUGCCUGUGAACUUCAACGAGCCGAUCUCCAUGCUGCAGCGUCUGUCUGAGGACCUGGAGUACUCUGAGCUGCUGGAUCGAGGCGCUAAGUGCCAGAGCUCUCUGGAGCAGCUGUGCUACGUGGCUGCGUUCACAGUGUCCUCCUACUCCACCACAGUGCACCGCACAGGCAAGCCCUUCAACCCCCUGCUGGGGGAGACCUUCGAGCUGGACCGCCUGCAGGAGAGCGGCUACAGGUCCCUCUGUGAGCAGGUCAGUCACCAUCCUCCAGCAGCAGCUCACCAUGUGAUCUCUGAGCGGGGUUGGACCCUGAGGCAGGAGAUCACUGUGGCCAGCAAGUUCAGGGGCAAAUACCUCUCCAUCAUGCCUCUCGGGUCCAUUCACUGUAUAUUUGACAAGAGUAAUAAUCACUAUAGCUGGAAGAAAGUCACCACCACCGUGCACAACAUCAUUGUAGGCAAGCUGUGGAUAGACCAGUCUGGUGAGAUAGACGUGAUCAACCACAGGACGGGAGACCGCUGCCACCUAAAGUUCACCCCCUACAGCUACUUCUCCAGAGACGUGGCCAGAAAGGUGACGGGAGUGGUGACGGAUAAGGACGGGAAGGCUUACUACGUGCUGUCCGGAACGUGGGAUGAGAAGAUGGAGUGCUCGCGUGUGAUGCAGAGCAGCAGGGGAGGAGAGAACGGCACGGAGGGACGCCAGAAAACGGUUUACCAGACUCUCAAAGCCCGUGAGCUGUGGAGGAAGAACCCGCUACCGGAGGGGGCGGAGAACAUGUACUACUUCACACAGCUGGCGUUGACCCUGAACGAGCAGGAGGACGGCGUAGCGCCGACGGACAGCCGGCGACGGCCGGACCAGCGGCUGAUGGAGCAGGGGAUGUGGGACGAGGCCAACGCUGAGAAGCAGCGUCUGGAGGAGAAGCAGCGCAGCGUCCGCAGGGAGAGAGAGAGGGAGGCCGUCCGACUGGCCAGCACUGCUGAGGAGGCUGUCAUUGAGGACUCCAUAACUGACUCGCCUCUAAAAAGCGCUCCGCAGGACAACUACACGGCCUUGUGGUUCGAGCAGGUGGUGGACGAGGCGACUGGAGAGCCCACACACAUCUACAAAGGAGGAUACUGGGAGACGAAGGAGCAAGGCACCUGGGAGAACUGUCCCGACAUCUUCUGAUCCAAAUAUUGCACAUCUUCUCCGGCAGUGGAGCGGACUUCCCGAAAACGGAACGGAACACGUGACACGCAGCGGACUGCUCUCCUUUCCCGUCGUCUGUCUCCUCCUCCAGAACUGACUGGACAUGUGAUUCCUACACCUGUGCUUGUCUCACCUGUAACCCCUCCCACCCAUCUCCUGUUCCCGCUGUGUGAGUACAUACAACAGUGUCUGACAGCAGAAACGACAGCAGAGGCGGCAGAGGGGUGCACGGGAUUCUACUCUACCUGUCUGUCUGUCUGCUUACCUGAUACUCUGUUCUGUUAACAUCUGUCUGUCCUACCUUACCUCCUCUCCUCCUCCUCCUCCUCCUGUGUCCUCCACUGUUUGGUCAUAUAAGGGAAGGGAUGCACACCUGCUCUCGUUCUUUAGUGCUGUCGGCGGAAAAGUGCCGGACUCGUUCGCACCGCGGUCCGGCCUUCGCUAAAAAAAAGAAAAAAUAGAACAACCCCCUCACAACCACACGUCUUCCGUAGUGUGGUAAAACAAGGGGGUCUAUGAGGUGUGUGUGUGUGUGUGUGUGGUGUAUGUGGUAUGUGUGUGUGUGGGGUCCCUCAUGGCUCUUGAGUUCUGACUGACAGCGCGCCGUGUUCCUGGCUUUAUCUCCCAAUUCGUGAGCCCAUAUCAUGCAAAUAAUUAAUAAUAAUAUUAAUAAUAAUAAUAAUAAUAAUAAUCAUGGUUGCUCUGUGGAAGUGUGGAAAGUGUGCAGUAUUAAGUCAGCUAGUUACUAACUAAGAUACCAUUGCAACCACCUAGGAUACCAGAGCAGCCACUUGUCUGCUAUGGCAUCUUAAAUGGUUGUUUUUAUCAAGCUAUCUCCUAGCAACAGCCUAGCAUCCACCUAGCAACAACAUAGCAGUGCAGUGUUUGAGUUGAGAGAGUGUUUUUUUUUCAUACAGGCCAAUCAGAACACAGGUCCUUUACAUAGAUCAGUCUUAAAAUUACGAUAACAAAUGUUGUAUUUAACCAAGUUGGUCAAGAAAUGAAUUGUGAUUAUUUUAGUGCUUUGGCGCAGAAGCUAUAUGAUAUAAGAGAGCUGUGGGUUAUGAGCUCUUUAACCUCCCUAAACAUGGUCUAAUUUACAUAUUAAUUAGACUUAUCAUUAAUAUAAUAAAAUUAAUAUUAAUAUUAACUUAUUUAGUUUUGCAUAUGCAGUCUGCCACAGUUUAGCCCCAGCCCCCUCGAUAAUGACAAUAAUAAUGGGAAAAAAGUACCUUUAUCCCUUGUGUGGGAUAAAAUCCUCUAAAGUAAAGAAGUAAAGGUCUAAUUUACAUAUUAAUUAGAUUUAUCAUUAAUAUAAUAAAAAUGUAUUUAUGUCGCGAUUUCAUUACGCAAGUUUAGUCUACCACAGUUUAUUCCCACCCCCUUAGUAAUGCUAUCACUCUGGAGUACAGAAACAAGGUACCUUAGCAACACCCUAGCAUCUACUUAAUAAAGUCACAACAACCACCUUUUAUUUUUGGAAUAGACCAAUUAGAAGACAGCUGAUUUACAUAUAUUAGUGGUAAAGGUAUAAUGACAGAUACUGAAUGUCUAACUGUAAAUGAUGAAUUAUGACUGAUAUAGCUGAUCACUCAGCAAUACCUUACCAUCCACCUAACAGGGUCGCAGCAACCACCCGUUUAUACUGCUGCUCUUUUUGAAGUAGGCCAAUAAGUAGACCAGCUGAUUUGUGCAAAAAUGAAUGAUGACAGAUUUUGGAACAUAAAAUUAUGGUGAAUAAAGUGAAGCUCAACAAAAUCAAUUAAAUGAAAGAGAGCUGAAAGAUAUGGGCUCUUUAUAGCGCCCCCUAGCAGCAGUGUGCGCAACAGCAUCCUUCAAAUUUAGAGGAAUUAUGCAACUGACAAUAGAGCAGCUCUAAUUUCCAAAUUCUGUAGAACACUACUAACCUCCAGCGGCCGAACACCUACUAUACCUAAUGAAAGUGUGUGUGUGUGUGCGUGCAGGUGAUGUCAGAGGGACUCUGAGAGAGUGUAUGUGUGUGUGUGUGUCCGUCCGUCCGUCCGUGUUAAUGAGUGACGUGAAGGGUUUCAUGUAUAUUCUAUCCGGGGAAAAAAAAAAUCAUAUUUUAUUUUCAAGUGUACUUACAGUAAAAAAACACACUCUCUUUCUCUCUCUCUCUCUCUCUCUCUAACACACAUACACACACAGUGUGAUAAACUGACACACAGCAAAGCAGCCCAUUGCAAAUAUGUGUAUAUAUCAAAUAAUGAAGGACUAUUAGUAAUAUUAAUAAUAAUAAUAAUAAUAAUAAUAUUAAUGCUGAUAUUAAUAAUAACUGCAAUCACUCUGCAUGGGAGACCUGAGCACACACUCUGGUGCGGUGUUGAGGGCGCUGUGCCUUUGCUGUGGAGCGACACACUGCCCCAACUGCUGGUAAACAACAAAACCACACACAGCACAGUCCACACUAACAGUUCUUUCAGCAGGAUAAUGCUCGCCCACACACAGCGGAGGGGUUAAAGGUGGCGUAAGGGCGGUGGUGAGGGAAGAGCGAUGGUUAGGGUGGGGUGGAGGGCUCUUUCGAGUGCAGCCUGGGGUUUAUUGUGGCUUUAAGGGCAUGGCGUGGUGCUGAUGGUGUAGUGUUAAGGGUGGUGCUGGUUGUGGUUCAGUGUUGAAGGUGGUGCAGUGUUGAUGGAAGUGUAAGUGUGUGUGUGUGUGUGUGUGUCUCUCAGCUGAAAGCUGGGAAUGUUUUUCUCCUAUCAGAAUAAAUGAACAAUAAGAGCCAAGAGCUUUUUAUUAUGAACACAGACUGAUUAUGAUGAAGAAGACGGCAAUGAUGAUGAUGAUUAUGAUGAUGAUGGGAUUUUUUCUUUUUUCUUUUUUUUUUUGUAAUGUAUCUUUUGACUAAACCCUCUCCGUUACUCUAAACAGCAGUAAACUGGUUUGUAAUUUUUACUGUUUUGUGUUUUAAUUUUUUGUGUGUAAACAUUACUCUCUCGUUUUUCUUUCGUUCUGACUGAUUUUCUCCUCUUUUUCGUUUUUUUUUUUUUUUUUUUUUUUUUUUUUUUUUUUAAUUUCUCCCUCUGUUCUGGGUCUGUCUGGCUCUCUGUACCGGCGCAGAGCAGACUGAGUGUAGUGAUGCUGCAGGAUGAUGAUGUAAUUAAAUCGGAUUGGAAACACG